AGAAACACGGUCAUUAUAAACGCUCGAACAGCAUCAGAGUCAAGUUGGCGCGAUUCAUGUUUUUAGAAAAAAAAAAAAAAAAAGGAGUUUGUAAGCCAAAAAACGACACCGCUUUUGUUUCCGGUGUCCCCGGGACCUCCUCUCUCGAACCCUGUCCCUCGCUCUGUUUCUCCGCUAGCUCUCCCAGUCGCCGUCAUCUGGCUGUAUAAGUCCUCGAAUUAGGCCGACCAGAGAAAGUUGUACAUCAAUCUGGUGUGUUUUCCCUUUAUCAGAUUUAAUUAUUGUUCGUUGCUAAUUUUCAUCUGACUUACGGAUUCGACUAGAUUAUCCUUUUUGAUACUCAGGGUUCUUUUUUUUUUUUUUUUUUUUUUGUUUUUCUCACAUUAUUGUUUCAGAUCAUUUCAUGAAAAUCGUCUUGAUUUUUGUUUGCGCUGUUAGCUUUGCUCAAAGAUUCUUUGAGAAACAUCAUCGGGAUUACAUGGAUCGUUUUUAUAGUGAAGCCUAUUAUCUCUGUCAUUCUAUUUGGCUAUUUAAAUUUGGUAAACUGGGUGGGGAAUUAGUUUUUUUGAAGAAGUAGUAGUUUUUGGUUUUAAUUCAAGAGAAUUUUGUUUUUGGAGUGCAAUCCACGAGCUUCUUUGAUAUAGAUUGUAACCUUAUAGUACUAUCUUCUUCUAAGCGAUCCCUCUUCGCAUAACAGUUAAACUACGACAGACCAGUGCUGUAGCUUGGUGAGCUUAUCUGUAGUCCUUUGUGUUUACACUCGUAGUAUAGAUACUUUUAUAUGCACAGUGCGUGCUUUUUGUUUUGUUUUCUGGUUAGUGGUUGUUUGCGUUCGAGGUGGAAAUUAUUUUCAUCAUGAAACAGGUGAUUGGACAAAGAAUUCUCCAUUUUCUUCCCCCCUCCCCCAAAGAAAGAAAGUUGUUUCAGCAUUAUCAUUUUAUCACAAAUCUUUUUUCUCACUUGCCAUUUGACAUAGGUGGGAAUUGUCUAUAAAUCACAGAACACUUUUUCUGCAUUAUAGUUCCAUAUCCUGGUUUUUUCUUUUUUGGUUUAAAGGUUACGGUCGCAUCUUAUGAGGAGUUUGGAGCUGAUAUUUUGUUGAUUUUAAAGUUCUUAUAAACUGUGACUUUUAAAAGAAUAUCUGGCUGCCUUCAUAUCCAAAGCCAGUAUUUAAGGGAAUGGCAUUGGUUGUGAUUUGUGGACAACCAUGCAGUGGGAAGUCAACUGCUGGACGAUGUCUUGCAGAAGCUCUGAAUGAAUCAGGAUUGAGACAGGCAGCCAGGAUCAUUGAUGAAGCAUCCUUUCACCUUGAUCGCAACCAGAACUAUGCCAAUAUGACUGCAGAGAAGAAUUUAAGAGGAGUCCUACGGUCUGAAGUUGAUAGAUCCGUGUCGAAAGACAAUAUACUCAUAGUAGAUUCUUUGAACAGUAUCAAGGGUUACAGAUAUGAGUUAUGGUGUCUGGCUCGUGCUGCUGGAAUAAGAUACUGUGUGCUGUACUGUGAUGUUGACGACAUUCAUUGCAGAAAAUGGAAUGAAGAACGCAGGGUGAAGGGAGAAGCUGCAUAUGAUGAUACAAUAUUUGAUGAUUUAGUAAGAAGGUUUGAGAAACCAGAUAGAAGAAAUCGCUGGGAUUCCCCUUUGUUUGAGUUGUGGCCUCAUAAAGAUGGCUUAGAUAAAUCUUCUGCUGCCAUUUUAGAUGCUGUUUCCUAUUUGACAAAAAGAGCUGACUCAAAAACACGAGAUGUCAAAAUCUUGCAGCCAACAAUUGCGACACAAAAUACACGAUUUUCAGAAGCGAAUUCUUUGUAUGAGUUGGACAGGGCAACCCAGGAGGUGAUUAAUGCCAUUGUGGAGGCACAAUCCCAGGCAUUUGGAGGGCCUCUUAAUGGUAUUUCUCUAGGACAGGGUUUACCAUCUAUCAACAUUUCAAGAUCAGUUGGGUUGCCAGAGCUACGCAGGCUGCGGCGUACCUUCAUUAAAUUGACAGGACAAACAAGCUUGAGUGGACCACCGCCACCAUCUGAUGCUGACAGUGCGAAGAGAAGGUUCGUGGACUACUUAAAUAGAGAAUUAGGAGCUGCUGCUUGAACUGGGAAGAUAUAUUAUACUUUUUGUACUUCAACGGCCUAUUUAAUUUGUAGACUGACAUUCAGGUUGUGUCAAAGUUUUGGCUUUGUACUAAUAAACAUAAAUCUGCAUUGGUUAUCAAGUGUAGGAAUUUGCAAUGUACUAUUCAUCAGAAUUUGCCUCAAA